AUGAGCGCCUUGAAACCGGGCAGAAAGGAGCCCAAAAUGCGAAUUCGUCAUUUUCCUAUGGCGAUGGACGAGAAUUACGUCGAAGAGAUAUGGGGUUUACUCAAGAACGCGAUUCAACAAAUCCAGAAGAAGAACAACUACGGCCUUUCUUUCGAAGAGCUGUACCGGAACGCGUAUACGAUGGUGUUGAACAAGCACGGUCAGAGACUGUACGCCGGCUUGCGAGAGGUUGUCACAGAACACCUUACCACAAAAGUGCGCGUUGACGUUCUGAAUUCUUUAAACAACAAUUUUCUGCACACAUUGACAAACGCUUGGAACGAGCAUACCACCAGCAUGAUGAUGAUACGCGACAUUCUCAUGUACAUGGAUAGGGUUUAUACUAAAGAAUACAAUGAAGAAAACGUAUAUAACCUCGGCCUGAUCAUCUUCCGUGAUCAAGUUGUCCGUCACGGGUGCAUCCGGGAUCGGCUCCGGGAAACGCUUCUCAGCAUGGUGAUGAAGGAGCGGAGAGGCGAGGUCGUCGAUAGGUCAGCGAUCAAGAACGCCUGCCAAAUGUUAGUUGUCCUAGGAAUUCAAAACCGGAGCGUCUACGAAGAGGAUUUCGAACGACCGUUCAUCCAGCAAAGUACAGAGUUCUAUCGAAGUGAGAGCCAACGUUUCCUGGCCGACAACAGCGCUUCCUCGUACGUAUUGAAGGUGGAGCAGCGUAUCCACGAAGAAAGCCAACGUGCGAAGCACUACCUCGAUGAGAGCACCGAGGAGUCGAUCGUGAAGGUCGUCGAGCACGAACUCAUCACCGUUCACAUGAAGACCGUACUAGAAAUGGAAAACUCCGGGGUGGUCCACAUGCUGAAAAACCAGAAGGUUGACGACCUCAACCGGAUGUACCUCCUAUUCGCUCGAGUUCCCGAAGGCCUCAAGUGCCUCGUAGAGCGCGUGUCCGCCUACCUCAGGGAGCAGGGACGAGCGCUCGUGACCGACGACGCGAAGGGCGAUGCGCUCACCUUCGUCCAGAGCCUACUCGACCUCAAGGACAAAAUGGAUUUGUUCCUCUUCAGAUCGUUCAACGAAGAGCGACUUUUCAAGCAUAUGAUCGCGAGCGAUUUCGAAAGCUUCCUCAAUCUGAACAAGAAAUCGCCCGAGUAUUUAUCACUGUUCAUCGACGAUAAGCUGAAGAAAGGAGUCAAAGGAAUGACCGAACAGGACAUUGAGAGCGUGCUCGACAAGACCAUGGUUUUAUUCCGGUAUCUCCAGGAAAAAGACAUGUUCGAACGCUAUUAUAAGCAGCAUCUUGCCAAGCGACUUCUCCUUAAUAAAAGCGUUUCGGACGAUGUGGAGAAAAAUAUGAUUUCCAAGCUCAAAACAGAAUGCGGAUGCCAGUUCACCUCGAAGCUCGAAGGCAUGUUCAAGGACAUCUCCCUCUCCAAUACGAUGCAUGACGACUUCAAGAAGCACGUCGCGAGCAACAACGUACAGCUGCACGGCGUGGAACUCAGCGUCCGCGUGCUCACCACGGGUUUCUGGCCCACGCAAACGCUGAACUCGAAAUGCAACAUCCCCUUUGCGGCCAUGCAAGCCUUCGAGGGUUUCAAGAAGUUCUAUCUCAACAAACACACCGGUCGGCAGCUGACGCUGCAGCCCCAGUUGGGCUCCGCUGACCUCAACGCCGUUUUCCACGGGCCUCGGAAAGAGGAGGAUGAUACGGAAGCGCCGCCCGGCAAAGCCGGAGCUCGGAAACAUAUUCUCACUGUCAGCACGUACCAGAUGUGUAUACUGAUGCUGUUCAACAAGAAAGAGAAGCUCACAUUCGAGGAGAUCAAGCAGGAGACCGAUAUCGCGGAAAAAGAUUUGGUCCGGAGCCUGCAGUCGCUGUCGCUCGGAAAACCCACUCAAAGAAUCCUCAUCAAGAACCCGAAGAAUAAAGAAUUCCUGCCAGGGGAUGAGAUCUCUGUCAACGACUCGUUCUCCUCGAAGCUCUACCGAGUCAAAAUCCAAGCGGUCACAGCACGAGGGGAAAGCGAGCCCGAGCGUAACGAAACUCAACGGAAAGUUGAUGAUGACCGUAAAUAUGAAAUCGAAGCCGCGAUCGUGCGGGUGAUGAAGGCACGUAAGACGAUGCAACACGCGGUCCUAGUGGCAGAGGUCACGGACCAGUUGAAGUCGCGUUUCCAACCGUCGCCGAACCUUAUCAAGAAACGCAUUGAAGGUCUCAUCGAGCGCGAGUAUCUCCAGAGAGCUCUCGAGGAUCGGAAACUGUACAUGUACGUAUCAUAAUCUUUUGAAUGGGAAAUGUAAAGGAAACUAUGUGGACGACAUGCGUUGCAACGUUAGACGACAGUCCGGUCGGAGCAGAGGCAUCUGAUUUCGACGGAUUACGUUAACCGGAUCACUGACCAGCCCGGAUAGGAGAAGAUAGUCCGUUUUCCAAGUAGGAAGAAAAAAAGUCAACAAUUUAUGAUUCGAGCGCGGAAUCCACUGAAGGAGAGACAUGCAACGACCUUCGGAAGCUGAUAUAGAGUGAGAGGGAAUAUUGUGAAAAUUUUCGCCCUUGUUCAUAUGUUUCGAAUAAAGCCAAGCGAUUCCUUAAGACG